AGCACGUGUAGUACAAUGAAUAUGUUGCAUACGCUUCGCUGGGAAGCGACGACGUGUUGACACGCGAACUGUCACAAAUGACAAAUACGCAGGGUUCCAGCAAACGGAUUGAGUAGCCGAAGGCUUCAUUCUGGCUUUUGGACACAUGGUUGCAAAUUAUGGAGACAGACAGAGAUGAGGCUGACAACACAUGCUCCCAGGCUGAUGAAAUAGAGGCACUGAUGGCCAUUUAUGAAGACUGGAAGGUUGAGGAUGCAGAAAAACGUGUCUACAGCAUCACAUUGCAUCAUGAGAGCACAAAUGAGGAAUUCUAUUUCCAGGUAAGAUUACCACCAGAUUAUCCCUCUGAGUCACCUCCAAUCUACGAAAUCAGUGCUCCAUGGAUGAGCCCAGCUUCCAAAGAGGCCUUAGCAAAUGCUCUUGAAGACCACUACUGCACACAUUUGAGAGAGAGUAUUCUCUAUGACUGGGUGGAUAUUAUAAAGAACUUCUUGACGCAACAUGGACAAAACAUCAGUGAGCCGAGCCAGCCAACGCCUCCUGCUUUGGAGCAGCUCACACUGGUUGAUGUACAAGAAGAACUGCAGUGUGAACAUGUGCCUGAGAUUUUCCACGGUGAAACAUUUGUUGACCGUAGAAGCGUGUUUCAGGCUCAUCUUGCUGCAGUUACGAGUACGAAAGAGGUGGAAUACGUAUUGACAACACUGAAACAGAAUAAAAAAAUUGCAGAAGCAACACAUAAUAUCUGGGCCUACAGGAUAGUGCAAAAUCAGGCUAAAGGAAUUGUCUUAAAAGACUCUGCAGAUGAUGGUGAAACACAUGCUGGGAACCGUCUACUACACCUACUAGAUAUUGUGGAUGCCAAAGAUGUCUACGUAGUCGUAACAAGAUGGUAUGGUGGAACACACCUUGGGCCAGAUCGUUUCAAACAUAUCAACAACUGUGCCAGAGAUCUACUACUUCAACAUGGCUACAUAAAACAGGAUAAAACUGCCUCUCCUGGAGAGGCAAAAAACAAGGAGAAACGAAGAAGUACACCAAAGAGAAGGAGCUGAUACACCAUGUGAGAAAGCAAAAUGUACAGUGCUUCUGGUCGACGUUUUGUUGAAUGCGACUUGUACAUUUCUUUUAUAUGUCACAUACACCAUAAUAUAGUGAAUAGUAUGGUUUCCUUUUUCUUUCUAAGGAGAUGUCAAUAUGUCAGUAACAGUGACAACUAUAUGUUUUUAAAUAAAGUUAUGUGAACAUGC